AUGAAGAAAUUCAAAUCUAAGAGCACAAUGUUUAACAUUACAUGUUGGAGCAAAGCCCAGCCAUGCUAUAUGAAUCGUGAAAUUAAAUUUCUCCUUUCGACUUUGGGAAUAAGAGAUGAGAUAUUUCUGUUGAUGCAACAAGAUGCCAUGCAUGAAUUAGCUGAAAUGUUGACGACCAGACAAGCUGCUCUCUCUAUUAUGGGGAAAAUUGAUAGUGCUAAAACAAAGACGACAUCGAAAAUGUUACUGCAAGGUUAUGAACCAAGUUUAGAGCCUUACAUGUUGAUGAUUCUUAAGGUCCAUCAAGAUAAUAGGCUGACUGACAUAAGAACUAGAUGUAAGAUUCAUGUUCGGAAAGGCCAUGUUCUUAUUGGUUGUUUGGACGAAACAAGCGAAUUAAAAUAUGGUCAAGUGUACAUCAGAAUUACAAAAAACAGCAAAGAGCAGAAGGAUAAUGGUUGGCCGUACUUUUCUGAAGAUAAUGGGGAAAUAUAA